AUGGUUGUAUUCAUCCCCCCAAAGUCGACCGUGUAUGUCGUUGAGCUUCGGCACCUUGGCCACUUAGCCUUCUGCGUGCCCGGUGGAGAUGGACGGACCCUCAAGGCAAUUCUGGAGUCGGACGCUAUCCCCAAAGCCUUCUUUGACGUACGCAACGCCUCGGCUGCGCUGUUCGCCCAGCACCAAAUUACCUUGGGCGGGGUGCAUGACGUUCAGUUGAUGGAGCUCGCUACACGGCAAGGGGACUUUAACAAGAGAUUCGUCGUGGGAUGGGACAAGUGCAUCGCCAAAGAUGGCGGGGGCGAGGCCUUCAACAACACCCUUGACGCGGUAUCCAUGUCAUCAUUGCCCCGGUUCAACGCGAGAAUCCUACACCUGCCUGUGCUCUGGGCCACGUACCACGCCCGGCCACCGGUGAUGGAAUGA